AUGAUAGGCAAGCAGAAUGGAUUGGUGCAGCUAUUGAUUAAACACCUUGGAGAGCGAAAAUAUGAACUGAAACAAUUUCAUUGCAUAAUACAUCAACAAAAUUUGUGUGGAAAAGAACUGGACUUUGAUCAUGUAAUGAAAGUUGUAGUUUCUACAGUCAAUUUUAUCAAGUCACGCUCAGCUUUGCAUCACCGGCAAUUCAAGCAAUUUCUUGAUGAAAUUGAAGCAGAAUAUGGCGAUUUAGUGUUUUUCACUCAAGUAAGGUGGUUAAGCAGGGGAAAUACGCUGAAAAGAUUUAUCAGUUUUCUGGAUGAAAUUGAGAUAUUUCUUAAUGAAAAGAAUAAGAUGGUACCAGAACUUACAAAUGCUGACUGGCUUUGUGAUUUGUCAUUUCUUGUAGAUCUCACAAGUCAUUUAAAUAACUUGAAUCAUAAACUUCAAGGGAAUAACCAACUUAUUUCUCAGUUACAGAUAGUUAAAGGAGAGUUAGGACACUUCCCAAAUUACAAACUUAUGUGUGAGAAACACAAAGUAUGCAAUAGACAUGAAUAUUAUGCAGCAAAAUUAGGAAAACUUUUGGAGGCCUUUGAGAGCCGAUUUGAGGACCUAAAGAAAGAAGCCAAUGAUUUGAAGUUGUUCAGCAACCCCUUUUCUGUAUCUCCUGAUGAAGUAGAAUUCGAAGCACAAAUCGAACUGAUUGAUCUUCAGAAUAAUGACAGCCUUCGUACCGAGUAUAAUGAAGGGGACUUGCUCAAAUUUUAUAAUUGCUUGGCCAAAGAUCAGUUUCCUUAUUUGAGAAACAAAGCUGCUAUUUAUGCAAGCUUAUUUGGCUCUACCUACAUAUGUGAACAAACAUUUAGUCUGCUCAACCAGACCAAGUCAAAUAUUCGUAGCAGGCUAAGUGAUCAAAAUCUGCACUCUGUUUUAAGACUGGCAACCACAAAUUUCCAUCCUAACAUAAAAAAACUUGUACAUGAAUCUCAGUGUCAAAAAUCUCAUUAA